UUUCUUUUUCGGCCGAUCCCUAUCUGAUCCGGUCGGCCACUACGUACCAAUAUCGGUAUCACGGCAACCAAUACCGGGUGCCAAUCUGGUGAACUACGUCCAUGGUUUCGAUGCGUUAAAAAGUAUUUAACCCUGAGCUCCCGCCCGGACCAUCAUAAUUCAUAAACCACUUCCUCAGUGCAGGCUCUUGCACGUCGGCAUUUUUCGCACUAGUAUUUCAUAGCUAGGGACUGGGGAACAAGAAGAAGCUUCCCCCUUUUUUUUUUUUUUGCAGUGUUGUACGGUUUCGAGACAAUCAGAAGGAGAGAGAGAUUAGAAGACGAUGCUGCGGAGCAGAUCGAUUUUGCUUUUCGGGAGGAAGAAAAUCCUAAGUUCAUUCUCUCAAAUCAAAGAUUCGUAUAGAGUUUCGAAGGAAUCCGUUUUGCCCUACACAUCCUUCGCUUCUCGAUCCUGUGGUACUCAAUCGUCCUUUAGGAGCUUGUUCGAUGGUUCCAGAAUCACAUUCAAGGGAUUUUAUCGACCAUCUUCAAGGAAUAUGUCCACUACUACAUCUAUAUUAUCAUCGAAUAAGGAGGGAUUGAAACUGCUAGUUACUGCUGGACCUCAUGCCCAGAAAAUAGUUGGGAUAUGGCUGUUCGGUUCUGCUGCUUGGGUGUUUAGCAUGGUGGUACUUGGAGGUGUUACACGACUUACCCGAUCUGGUCUGUCCAUGACUGACUGGAAAUUUACUGGUGGCCUGCCACCCCUAUCAGAGGAAGAAUGGUUGAUUGAGUUUGAGAAAUAUAAACAGUCUCCUGAGUACAAGCGAGUAAACAAGGGGAUGAGCAUUGAAGAUUUCAAAUUCAUAUACUGGUUAGAAUAUGCACACCGGAUGUGGGGAAGAGCACUUGGUGUUAUGUUUGCCCUUCCAUUUACAUAUUUUCUUCAUAAAGGAUGGAUUACGUUCCGUCUUGGAAUGAAACUUUCUGCUCUCUUUGCUUUUGGUGCCGGGCAGGGUCUAAUUGGCUGGUGGAUGGUGAAGAGUGGUUUAGAGGAACCUGCAUCUGAGUACGUUGAGCCCAGAGUAAGCCCUUACCGUCUUGCUGCUCAUCUUACAUCAGCAUUUGCUAUAUAUUCUGGCCUUCUGUGGACUGCUCUGUCUGUUGUAAUGCCUGAUCCUCCUUCUGAGUCAAUAGCUUGGGUUCAUGGGGCAGCCAAAGUUAAGAAACUUGCCCUUCCUGUAAGCCUCCUUGUUGGUGUUACUGCAAUUUCAGGAGCUUUUGUUGCUGGAAAUGACGCGGGACAUGCUUAUAAUACGUUUCCAAAGAUGGGUGAUACAUGGAUUCCAGAUGAUAUUUUUAGCAUGAAGCCACUUAUCCGCAACUUUUUUGAGAACACAUCAAUGGUCCAGCUUGAUCAUCGAAUACUUGCAACUGCAACCUUGCUAUCAAUUGGCAGUUUGUGGUGGGCCUCAAAGAGGCUUGACCUUCAUCCUGCAGUACGAUCUUUAAUUGGGAGCACCAUGGGCAUGGCAGCUUUGCAGGUUACUUUGGGGAUAUCAACACUUCUCUCGUAUGUUCCAGUUUCUCUCGGCACUGCACAUCAAGCCGGAGCAUUGACUCUGUUGACAUUAAUGAUCCUUCUAAACCAUUCUGUGAGGAGGCCAUCCAUGAAACUCGUUAAAUCCCUGACCUCAGUUCCAAAGACAGCCUAAUACACUAUAUCACAAAUCUGUAUUUUAAAGGUGAAUAAUGCCUACACCAGUAAAGUUCAGAUCAUUGCAGAGGAAUCAAUACUAUUGAAUUUCAAUCACAGGGGCACCCUCCCCCUAUCCAAACAAUUUCGGGGGGUUAGGAUUGGGGAGGGUGUUUGGUUUUGGGGGUUGUUCCAGUGAUAUAAGCAGAAAGUAGAUACUACAUUGAUUUUGUUCUCGUGGGAUUUCAUGCCCCAUAUGAUGAGUAUAUGUUAUAGUGCGAUGGAAAGAAGUAUCACUUACCUCAAA